CACCAGGGGAAGCGGAGAGGCGGAGAGCAGCGGAGUCAUCACAAGUCUUAUCAUCGACAAUCAUCUGACCUGCACUGUGUUUAAUGUUUUACCUGCUUUAAAUGCUGCUGCUUCUUCUAAGUAAGGAGACUUACUGCCUGUUUGCUGAAACAUUACAUGAACCAAAUAUGUUUCCGUGUUAUUAAGACUCAAACAGACGGUGGGGACAGACCUGUAUUUGAACGUGUUUGUGUGUGAACUUGGUGUCACGCCAAUGUGUAAAUGUAGCUUCUUAUUUCCCACAUUUUUGGCAAAUCUGCUCAUGCAAGGCUUUGACCUGGGACUGCAGUAACCAUAUUAAUUAAAGCUUAUUUAUGAACAGUUGAGCCUGAGCUAUUUUAUCACUGUUUUAAUUUAUAACACAAUCUGGACACAUUUUACAUUUGUUUAACGUUAAUAAAUGACAUGCAUAUGAUCUGUUUUGUGGUUUUGUUAUAUUUGUAUAUUAUAUUUGUAUAUAAUGAAUAAACAUGCAAACUCAGAGUACAGUGGAGUGCAUAGAGGAUGGCAAACAACACAUGAGAUAUAAGGUGUGCUCGUUGAAGUUCCAGCCUACUCAUGCCAGUUAUAGGAAACACCUGUUUGCAAGAGAGGAGACUGUUGACUUUGAAGAAAGAAGCAGAAGUAGCUCUUCUCAUCCUUGAUCAGGUCAACCAUGCGUUUGGGGAAAACCUCUAAUUUUUACUUUGCCACUGGACUGAUAGUCGGAUUUCUGUCCCUUCGCCUCCUGCUGUACACGGGUGGCUCGACAAAGCAGUCCAUUCAGUAUCUGACUCACCUGAAGCCGCAUGUCAAAGGAGAAGUUGAACUAUAUCACACAGUUGCAGAUGAGAAGAACAACACACCAUCUGCUCCUCUGCGGUCAGUGCGCAUCUUAUGUUGGAUCAUGACGGGACCCCAGAAUCUGAAAGGCAAAGCCAAGCACGUCAAAGCGACUUGGACCCGACACUGUGACAAAGUACUGUUCAUGAGCUCCGUGGAGACGGACUUCCCCACUGUGGGGCUGAACGUGAGCGAGGGGAGGCAGAACCUUUAUUGGAAAACCAUUCGGGCUUUUCAGUACGUCCACCGGCACCACUUUGACGAAGCAGACUGGUUUGUGAAGGCAGACGAUGACACAUUCAUUGUCAUCGAAAAUCUCCGCUAUGUUUUGUCCAAGUAUGACACAGAGGAGCCUCAUUACCUGGGCAGAAGAUUUUCCCCUUUCGUCAAACAAGGCUACAUGGCUGGAGGAGCAGGUUAUGUCCUCAGUAAGGAAGCGCUGAGAAGAUUUAUUAAAGGUUUUGAGACCGGCAUGUGCACCCACUUCUCUGACAUCGAAGACAUGGCUCUGGGACAAUGUAUGGAGACGAUGAAUGUGUCAGCGGGGGACAGUAGAGACGUAAAGAUGAGACAGACAUUUUUUGUUUACCCACCAGAAUACCAUCUAGUCAGACAACCUCCAAGACCUCGACCUUGGUACCUGCUGUACGAUCAUUACCCUGUAUCAGAGGGUCCAGCUUGCUGCUCAGACUUCACCAUCUCCUUUCAUUACCUUUCUCCUGACAUGCAGUACGUUUUGUACUAUCUGACCUACCAUCUGCGGCCAUAUGGAUACAAAUACAGAUUCAAUCCUGAUAAAAAAAACACAUAAAAUGAGAGUGUUUGCUUAACAGCCACCCUAGCAGGUGGAGGAGGGCGGUGGCUUUGUCUGAAUGUUACUGAGCAACAAAGAGCAAGAGCAAUAAACUGUGGACAUUGAAUUGUUGAAGACGUGUGGACAUUCUUCCUAUCCUUCUUCAAGCACAGAUCAGAUGUCAACUGUGUACAGUAAAUGGUGAUUUAGGACAUUUUGAGUGUUUUAUGAUGCUGCUAUUUUAUAUGCAAUGAAGAAUCAAGAUCAUUAAGAGGAUGCAUAUCCUGGGCCAUUUCUUAUCUGUCUUAUGACUCGCGCUUUACACUUUGUGUUACUCUACAAUAAUUGUUACAAGCAUACGUUGUUGUCAAAGCAAACCAUGCUGAUCUGUUGGUUAUGUUAUAGUUUACAUAAUUCAGCUAAUGUUUAUGAACUAUUGAAUGGAUCAAAGAGUUUCUUUAAGAGUAUGAUUGGGUUUGUGUGUGUGUGCGGGGG